CAAUAACAUUACACAUAUUUACUAAUUAAGCUUUUAUAUGUACACCCAAAAAAAAAAAAAAACCCUCAGCAAUGACUCGUCCUAUUGUGUUCUUAAUAUUCUUGCUUGUAGUUUCUAGGCUAAACAUGUCUCACCAGUCAAAACUGGCUCAAUACCCUGUUUGGGAGCCUGUGUUUGAGUAUUUCCCUGACUGCUUGGCCUUCCUCGUUGGGUUCUACUACGUACCAACAAAGAUAUGUUGUCGACACGUAGAGAAGCUAAAUAAAUUAGCAAAGCACGGGCUUGGGCCUCAGACAAUCUGCUUUUGCAUUCAGGCUAGUGUAAAGGGAACACAACCUCGCUUGCUUGCCUCACGUAUCAAUGCUCUUCCUAUCAUGUGCCACACCCAUCUUAGCUUCCCCAUUUCUGAUAGCAUGGACUGCAACAAGGUUCAUAAAAGGUUGGACUAUAAGGAAGUUGUUCUUAAUUGAGUGACUUUAGUGGAGUAUUAUACGUACAACAGCAAUUAAUAAAGCCUUAAUCCCAAUAAUUUGGGGUUGGCCAUAAAUCUUAGUGGAUUAUUAUAUGUAUUGUUUCAUUAAAAAAUACUUUAUAAAUAUUAGUAGACUGAUUACAAAUAAUUACAAUAAGGAUACUUUUUGAUGAGUACAAAAAUAUACUUAUA